AAAAAAUAAUAUAGUAUAGAUGGCACUACAAUGCACUUUCCCCAGUUAAUAUUCCUCACUCCUAGUGUCAUCCACUCAUCCGGUCGAGUGCUCAACGACGUUUUAUGACGCUUGUUGCUUCUCCCCGCAAACAAUUCGCCACUCUCCCGCUUUAAACACUGCAUAAUUCAGCGGUAUUCACGCAUUGCCAGGCCAGGAGAAGCUGCGCAAAGGCCGCGCCCAGGUGCAGUGUGCCGUGUUGAGUGUGAUUUUCGCGCGUGUGACUUGUGAAAUUCGCCACCAUAGGCCUCUCGGACACGGCGUUGAUGGACAUGGUGAUCUCAAAUUUACAGCAACAGCGCGCUGUGACGGAGCAGCUGCGCCGCGAGGCCGCCAUCAAGCGCAUGCUCGUCUCGCAGGCGGUCGCCGACAUCGUCAAGUUCAUCAACGAACACGAGCAGGAUGACUGCCUCCUGCACGGCUUCACCAGCCAGCGGAUUAAUCCAUUCCGCGAGAAGAGCUCCUGCACCCUCAUCUAAACCACACCACCAGCAUCAUCUAUCUACGCACACAAACACAUAAACAUAGAAUAAUUGUGCUUUCAUUGUUACUUGAAAAUGUUACACUUUGCUUCUGUUCAACGAAAAGAAAAGAAAUCAUCAUUCAGAUCAUGUAGUCAGUGUUUAAUUGUUGCUGCAGUCAGAUACAAGUGUGUCGAUGUUCAAAUCUCUAUCAGGGUCCCUUCAAUAAUCGAUGUGAUCAUAGAUGCAGUUGCUAUGUUUGUAAAUUCUACUAUUCUUGUAUUCUUUUGAUUGUUUGUUAACUUAUUAAGCAAAAGAUGAACAUAUCAUUGGAGUUCAGCUGUAUCUUUUGGUAUAUGUCAGUCAGAUGGAGCAGAAUUGUAUGGUUUAAUUAAAUGAUAACAAAGUCGAUUUGAUUAAUGUACACAAGUGGGUGUUUCAUGUAUGUCUGUAAUAAAAAAAACAAUGUAUGACUAAAUAUAUGUGACAAUAUUUUAUAUA